GCCAGACACAAACUGCUAACUGACCAGAUUAUCCAUGGCGACAGUCUCUCAGUGUACACACCUCACCCUUCUUAUUCUGUUGAUUAAUUUCCUGACUGCAUCACCUGCCACCCAAGAUGACCUUGUAAUCAAGACUAGGCAUGGGGCAGUUCAAGGGAAGUUGCUUUCAGUGCUGGGUGGUCAUGUUAGAGCAUUUCUUGGAAUUCCUUAUGGAAAACCACCUUUGGGCAAACUGAGAUUCAGAGCCCCAGAGCCAGUAGAGGGAUGGGAAGGGGUGAGGGAUGCCACCAAAUUCCCAAAUUGCUGCUACCAGAUGCCAGAUACAGCCUAUCCAGGGUUCAAGGGUGCAGAGAUGUGGAACCCAAACACUCCUUUGAGUGAGGAUUGUCUAUACCUAAAUGUCUGGUCCCCACGUUUCAACAAAACCCAGCCUCAGAACUCAGCACUGGCUCCUGUCCUUGUCUGGAUCUAUGGAGGCGGGUUUGCUUUAGGAACGUCCUCUCUGGACAUUUAUGAUGGUCGCUUCUUGAGUAUAUCUGAAGGUGUUGUUGUGGUCUCAAUGAAUUACAGACUAGGACCUUUUGGUUUCCUGUCUCUUCCUGACAACAAGAACAUCCGGGGAAAUGCGGGCCUGCUGGACCAGCGCUUGGCCCUCCAAUGGGUAGCCAAUAAUAUUGCUGCUUUUGGAGGUGAUUCUUCAAAGGUGACUCUGUUUGGUGAGAGUGCUGGAUCAGCAUCUGUGGGCUUCCACCUGCUCUCCCCAGGCAGUCAUGGUCUUUUUCAAAGGGCCGUGAUGCAGAGUGGCUCUCCUAAUGCACCCUGGGCGACAAUCAGCCAGACUGAGGCCUGGCAAAGGUCCAUGAAGCUGGCGACGUUACUCGGGUGUCCCACCUCUAAUCCAGCUCACCUGGAAACGUGUCUACAGCAGGCUGAUCCUGAGAAAAUCACAUUGAACCAAUAUGAUGUUUUCACACAGCCCACAAUGUUAGCCUUUUUCUUUGUCCCACAUGUUGAUGGGGACUUCAUACCAGAUACAGUUGAAGUGUUGCUGAGGACCAGUAAACUCCCAAAGAAAGAGGUACUACUUGGCUUAAACAAGGACGAAGGGACCUCCUUCCUAAUGUAUGGAGUGCCUGGAUUUAACAUCACGGGUCAGAGUCUCAUCACCAGGAAUGACUUCCUGACUGGAGUGAACCUUGACAUGACAGAUGCAGAUGAUGUCAUAAAAGAAGCGGCCAUUUUCCAAUACACUGAUUGGACUGAUGAGAAUAACAAGAUGAAAAAUCGUGAUUCGCUGGGAACUCUGGUCGGGGACCAUCAGUUGGUUUGUCCAGUGCUGGAGUUCAUUCACAUGUACUCACAACAUGGUGGAAAGAGUUUCCUUUAUUUAUUUGACCACCAGUCAUCCAUCAAUCCUUGGCCAGAAUGGAUGGGCGUUAUGCACGGCUAUGAGAUAGAAUUUGUCUUUGGGAUGCCUCUGGAUGCAUCCCUGGGAUACACGAAGAAUGAAGUAAACAUGACCAAGAAAAUCAUGAAACACUGGGGCAACUUUGCCCGGACAGGGAAUCCAGAAAUUGAUGGCGCUAACUGGCCCGUGUUCACCCCAGAACAGCAGGAGUAUGUCACUCUGAACUACAACCACCCAGAACAAAAGAGGAUGAUGAGAGCUAAAGAAUGUCACUUCUGGAACAAAUUGAUGCCAAAAAUACAGAAAGUCUCAGAUGAUCUGCUGUCUUGCAUUAAGGCAAAUGGGAUUACUCUCCACUGCAAUUACAAGUUCCUCCUCAUGUUAUUGGUUAUAAGUUUGACCUAUUGAUAGAGUUAAGAAACUUUCCUGGGCUGGGCUGUUUUAUAUAGAUAUAUGCAACAGUUUACAUUAAAAAUUAAAAGUGGACAGAAAGAAUUAACAAAACUUGGUCUUUACUAUUAUUGUAAGCAUUAUCUGUGAUUACUGAAUAUUUAUAUUUUCUAAGACAUU